AUGAGCAAACCCUCUGCAGGGGAGAUACACACUUUGAAUCUUAUUAAUGUUCACGUUAUGUAUAUGAUUGAAAUUACAUGGGAUUUUGCAAGUGGUAGUGUUAUAGCAUACUAUCUUAACAAGGCAAUUAAAUGUACAACUACUACCACAAAAGAUAAGAGAGCUCAACCAGAUGUCUAUAAAAAGAAAAAAAAUUACCAAAAUUCAAACAAAAGGUCAUCAACUGAUUUUUAUCCAAGUGAUCCUAUGAGAGAUCUUCAAUUGCCACAUAUAGAAUUUAAAUUAACAAGUAUAAAAGUUGGAAGUUAUUAUGAAGAUGUAGAAGAAGAAAAUAAUUUAUGUUUUAUAUAUAAAUAUUUGGAGGAGACUAUAACAAUUUUUUUUAAUGAAAAUUAUCCGAGUUUAGUUAUUAAACUCGAUGAUUUAUUUGAAUUUUCUAAAAUCACUUCAAAUACUCUGCUUAUUAUGGUGAAAGACGAUCCUUCUAAUGUUUUAACCGAUCCUUAUUCCUUUGUUGAAAAUCCUUUAUAUACGAAAAGUGCCUGCCCCACAAAAGAGAUUUGGAUGAUUAUUGAUGAAAAGACACCAGAUGAAGUAAUUGACAUGGUUGGUCUUCAUAUUAAUUAUGUUAUCUCAUCAAGAACGCCUGAUGUUGAAUCUAAUAUUAGUGAAUAUCAAGAAAUGACUGCUGCUUCUAUCAAAUGUAAAAAAGAACCCAAAAGAAUUAAAGAAAAAAAAUAUUUCUUUACUUGUCAUGUUAAUAAGGAAAUUCAUGAUUUGGGUUUUCCACCUUCUGUGAUUUUUGAAGAUCUUAGAAAAUAUAUUCAAAAAUCUUUCAAAUUAACUGAAGUAAAAAAAUUAAAAUAUAAAGAUGAUGAUGGUGACUUUAUCACCAUUUCUGAUAAUGAUGAUUUCAUGAUUGCAAUGCAAAUUUACUCUAUUAAUAAUAGAUUAGAAAUUUGGGU